UAACCGUACCUGCUCAAAUUAACAAUGUGGGCAGCUGAUACUUUUACAUGUUUCGAAUAGUUACUUCCCCUUAUAUGUACAACGCCAUUUGUAACUGAUAGAAACGAUUUCAAUAUUGAUUAGUUUAUAUUCAUUUUCAUUAUUGGAAGGAUGUUAUUGAGUAGAUUUAUAUUGAUUUUAAACUAUACAAAACCAAAAAGUGUAAAAUUAGCAAUAAUCAACAUCGUUAUUGCUGUUAGGAUCUGAGCACACAAAAAAUGUAGUGAAUUUUGGAUAUCUUUGAAUUCGGAUAAACAUUAAAAAUAAGUAUAUGAUGGCACACAUCUGUGGAUUAAGUCUACAAAGAGACCCAAUUACUGAUGGAAGUGCAGCAGAACUGUCUCAAAAAAAUGUUGUAUACAGAUGUGGCGGAUGCCAAUCAAAGUUUGAUUCAGUUUGUACUCUCCACCUUCAUAUAAAAUCACACACGGAAGGAGGUUCUUACUACUACAACCACAUAGUGCAGACAGCAUUUCCCAAGUUUGACGCUGUGUGUAAAUACACACAAACAGUAUAUGCAUGUACCAUAUCUGUACUGUCUGGUGCUGAAAAAGAACAAAUAAACUUUUAUGACUCAUCUGUUGAUAAGAAAAAGGUAAGCAAUGGGACGGAAGAUUGUUAUAUAUCUGCACGAGGCCAUCAUGAUGAUAAAAUGCAUGUAAAUGAAGAUGAAGUGGACAUUUUUACUGAAGACGAACAAGAGGAAGAAGAAAGCACUUUACAUUUUAUUAAAAGAAACAAUGUACCUAUAACAUUGCUGGAAACAAAAGGAGAAAAUAUCAUUCAAGGUAAUUACUAUGAAAGUGGAAAUGAGAAAAAAAUUCAUACAGAAAGUGAAGUUUUCAGUGAUGUUGAAGAUGAUUAUAGUAAUUUUAUAGAAAAAGCUUUUCAAGAGAAACAGAAAGAUAGUAAUGAUAUAGACAGUGAUGUCAUUGGGGCAAAUAUAAGUAUUUGUAAGCCAGUAAGUGGUGAUAAUGAUAAUGGUGAACAACUGAAAGCAGAUUUAUGUAGCUCUAUUGCUACUGGAGUUAAUCAAAUUGGUUUUGAUACAUUGUCAGAUAAAAAUGAAUCUCAUUUUGAACAUGAUUGUGAUUCUGAAGAAAGCAAUGAAGACAAUAAAGACAAAGGUACUGAAAAAAAUUGGACUGAAAUAAUAAGACAGUCAAGAGUAAGGCGACAAGGGAGAAAGAAGAUUCAGAAAGAUCAAGAAGCUAACGAAAAUGAAACCACAUCUUCUGUUGGACCCAAUAGAAUUAAUAUAACAAAACAGGAAUCAGAACAUACACAUGGUUUGUCCAAAUUGAAAUGUCAAUAUUGUGACCGUGUUUUUAGAUUAAAAAACAGUCUAAGAAUACAUCUCCUUGAGGCACACCAGCAAGAUGAGCUAACAUAUGAUAAGUGUGACCUGUCAUUUAAAGUAAGUUGCCAACUUGAUGCACACACCAGUCUAAAGCACAAGACCCAGAAGAACCAAGUCCAUGAUGUUGUUAGAGUAGAUAGAAAAAUGAAAAAGAUAAGAGUUGAAAAAAUGAAGAGUAGACUUCAGACAGAGAAAUCUUGGAAAUGCGAGCCUUGUGGCAAAGCAUACAAAACUGAAAGUGGACUAUAUUUUCACAAUGAGGCAAAACAUUCUGGUAAACAGUUUACGUGUGAAUAUUGUAAUGCUAAAUUUAGCCUGUCAAUGUCAUUGAAGUGUCACAUGAUUGAAAUUCAUAAUACGGGUAAGAAAGGUCAUGCAUGCGAGCUAUGUCAGAAAGUUUUUGCGUACAAGUCGAAACUUUCUAAUCAUAUGAAGGUAAGACACCCGACAGAGGAAGAUAAAAAGUCUUGUAUGGUCUGUGAUUGCUGUGGAAAGACUUAUACUGCAAAGAUAAAGUUAGAUUAUCAUUUGAAAAAAUGUAGAAAUCGGAACAGAAAUUUCUUUUGCUCUGAAUGUCCAUACAAAGCGUUCACUAAAACAACUUUACGUUAUCAUAUCGAAGCCAUGCAUGAAACUGAGCGUAAAUAUAUGUGUCAUAUUUGUGGUAAAUAUUUAAAGAACAGGUUUUACAUGAGAACUCAUCUCCGUAUACAUUCUGAAGAUAGGAAUUUUCCCUGUGAAAAGUGUGGCAAGAAGUUCAAGUUAAAGACAAUGUUGAAAAGACAUGAAAAUAUUCAUCAAAAUGUGAAAAAGUUUCAUUGCAACAUUUGUGAAAAAACUUUCGUACAGAAUAAUAACUUGAAAGCACAUAUGAGACAACAUACAGGAGAAAAACCAUUCAAGUGUGACUUCUGCGAGAAAACUUUCACUCAUAAUAUUAGUCGCAAGAAUCAUAUGUUAAAAUGUGAUGUGAAGUAGGUAAAAUUAAUGAAGGUUUAAUGUUGACUUCAAAUGAAGCAAUUCAAACAAAUUUAUGAACUUUCCCAAUUUUGUUAAUAAUUGUUUAACAUAACGUUGUCAUAAUAGUUUCCAAGGUUCAGGUUUCCAAUUUGAAAGUUGUUUUUUGUUCAUAUUGCAUGUCAUAUGGCAUGUAAAUCAAAACAAAGCAGUCCUAUAAAUCUGUCUUUAUGUUCUUUGUAAGAUAAUUAUGAAGUUUAUUGUUCUUAAUUGUGUAAUGCUGACAUUUGCCUUUUUUAUUAUGAAAAUAAAAUUACUGAAGACAAUUUGUUUUUGUAUGUACUUUUUUGUCAAUAUAAAACAAGCAAUUACUGGUAACUUGAUUUUUAAGGAAUUUUUAAUUUUACCCUUGGCUUGUACAAAUUUAAGCCAUGGUCAUAUUCUUUAUUCUUAAUUGAAGUUUCAUAUAAAUGCUAUAUUUAAAAUUCUAGCACUAUCAGAUU